CUGUGUGAUUUGCCUCUCGCCUGCUGCAGCAACUUUGUUGACUUCCGAACAAAAUGAGUUUCUGGGCUUUCUCCUUUUUCGUCGUCUUCUUCAUGGCUUCUUCUGCUUUUUCUGCAGAAGUUGAAGAAUAUGUUCCAGCAGAGCAAGAUGUUCUGCAGAGACACGUUUCUUUCUUCGAUCGAAAUCAUGAAGGAAUAAUUUAUCCUUCGGAAACCGUUGAAGGUAUGAAAGCAAUCGGUAUCAAUCCCUUCUCGGCCCAAAGUAGUGCCGCUCUGAUCCACAUGGCAAUCAGUCCUAAAACUACCGAGAGUAAAUUACCCGAUGUUAAACUCCCAAUCGUGGUUAAAAAUAUUGCGAAAGGCAAACAUGGGAGUGACUCCGGAACCUAUGAUGCUCAAGGAAGGCUUGUUGCUGCAAAAUUUGAAGAACUUUUCAGUAAUCAUGCACAUGCACACGAUGACUCUUUAACAUCGGAUGAAUUAAUGGAAAUGCUCAAGACUAAUAGACAACCAAAUGAUUUCAAAGGAUGGGUUGCAAGUUUCGCAGAAUGGAAGCUCUUAUACGAUCUGUCUAAAGAUAAAGAUGGAUUGUUGCAUAAAGAUACAGUAAGAGCUAUUUAUGAUGGAAGUUUGUUUUACCAAUUAGAGAAGGGGAGAAAAUAAGCUAAAAGGAAAGCCUAAAUCCAGUAGCAUUUUGCGUUAGUGGUGAUAUGUUUUCAUUUAUUUUUCAUUUCUUGUUCUAUGAAAUUUAAAUAAAUUGAACAAUUAAUAGUAUUUUACGUUAAUUGA